GAUUACUGUAUAUCCAUGCCUUCGUGUUGUCAAACUGGAUAACGCCAGAGAUCCUGGUCUGUCUUCUAACAAGGUAAUCAGCUCACUGCAACACCUUUUUGUAAAAGUGAAGACUGGCAUCCCGUGUAAUGGUCAAACUCAAUAUGGGCUCCAUCGAUUUCAACUUGGAACAGAAUGUGGAGAAGAUUCUUAACGGCGAAGGAAUGGAGGUCACGGGAAUUGAUUCGGCUCCCGAACAAAUAAAACCUGUGACUUUGAGGAAAACAGUUUGCUACAUUGUUAGCGCAGUGAUCCUCAAUUCAAAGAAGGAGGUAUUGAUGGUUCAGGAAGCUAAGCAGGAGUGCUAUGGCCGUUGGUAUCUGCCAGCUGGGCGUAUGGAAGAGGGCGAGAGUAUUGAGGAGGCGAUGAAGCGCGAGGUGCGUGAGGAGGCAGGCCUGGAGUGCCAGCCAAUCUCGCUCAUCCAGGUCCAGGAGCAAGGUCCUCAGUGGGUCCGCUUUGCCUUUUUGGCCGAGGUCACAGGAGGUACGCUGAAGACAGAGGCCCAGGCGGACGCUGAGUCUCUGCAGGCGUGCUGGUGGGACAGGAAGUCCCCUCUCCCCCUGCGUGGCCGGGACAUCCUGUCUCUGAUCGAGACGGGGCUGCGCUACCAGGAGAAGCCCUGGUUUGCGCCCGUGCUGCCCCUGGACCUGCCCUGCCCCGUGGUUUGCCAGCGUCUGGUGCUGGCCUUCGCAGCGGGCAUCUACGUGUGGCUCCUGGUGAGCAAAGGCCCCCAGGGCUCGAAUGCCGUGAGCGGCCGGAGCGUCAGCACCGAGGAGGAGAGGAGCCGGCGGAGGAGGAGUAGCGAGAUGAUGGACAUGGUGGACGCUCACCUCCCGGUGGCGCUGUCCACCAAGACGCACACGGUAACGUGGGCGGCCCACCGGCUGGUGCAGGAGUGCAUGCCGUCUUGCUACUACGACCUGGACGUCAACACGCAUGGCUUGCUGGGCGUGCAGCACGGCGGAUGCGUGCCGGGCAAGACGGACGGACUGUGCUUCAACACGCUGGUGUCGCUGACGCUGGAGCGUCGCGCCGGGGCCAGCGGGGCCCCCCCCACGGAGUUGGGGGGCAAGCCGGCCGACCCGCCGCCUGUGGAGACAAACCAGUACCACUGGCACAAAGUGGACAGCCCCGUCCUGAGAGACAACAUCCUGCGCCGGAUCAGGCAGGGCUCCACGCUGCCUGUGCUGAGUUUGUACUGAGAGGGAAAUGGGAGGAAGACUAGGGGGAAAAAAACUUGCUUCUGGGAAACACAUACUAGUCCUUUGCUCUUAUGAGGGCUGCUGUUUUAUUUUAAGGGCACAAAGGGCACAAGGAGUCUAUGGAGGAAGUACAUACAGAAAGCUAUGCAAAAGCUAUGCCUGUUUACUUGACGUAUGAGCUCACAGGAAAGCCAUAUCAGAAACAGUCUUCCUUUAUGCACUGUGAUGUAAUGAUGCUGUGGGACAGUAUGAAGGGCAUGAUGUUGUACAAGGUCUCCCUUCUUGCUGAGCAGGGGCAGACCUUGUUUCAAUUUUAAAAGUGUUUGGAAAGACUGUGAAGGUUAUGUAUGUUAGGAAUGAAAAACAAGCCACUAUCUACUUUUCAACAGAUGGCAGAUGUUGAAAUUGUUGCAAGGGCAUUAUGACUAACAUGCACAUAUCCACUUCAGUCCAAGUAUGACUGAGGGGCUGCAUUUAAAAUACUUGAAUUUUAAGAAUGACUAUCUGUAAUGUAAAGUAUGAUGAGUGCAUGGGAAGCAAUAUUUACACACCAUGCAAGUUGCAGGUUAUUGCAUGGUAUUAGCAUUUAAUAUUUAGCCAUUACUGAAGAACCCAUCCAGAGUACAGUGCUGUAUUCACUCAUCACAUAUGAAGAAUGAGUUAGAGUAAGUUUUACUGUGUAAGAUGAGGAAAUUAUAUGAGCAGUUAUGUCAGACCCAUAUGUAAUUAAAAAUGUAUUAACAUGUA